AUGAUUUCUACACUGUUACUUGUUUUUAUAGACUAAUUAAAAAUCAGAUGCGAAUUGAUAUAGCUUUACGAGAAUUUCAACUCACUUAAAAUUGAGAAGACUAUUGGCUGGAGUUGUCUAAAUAACUAAUAUCCAAUCGUAUAUAAUUGUAAAUAUGGAAUGGAUUUAAUAAAAGUAGAUAUGAGUUGUAAUGAAAUUUAACAUAAAAUUACGGAGAUAUUACCUCAUUUUUAAGUGUAGAUAUACGUAGAUAUAUAUUUUUAUGGAGAUUUGAAUGCAGAGGACAAAAUUGUUAUUCUAAUAGAUGAAUAAUAAUGGCAAAACACAUAUCUUCCUACUUUAACACAACCUUUAGGAAAAUCUCAUUAAUGCAUAAGUUAUGAUUAGAAUCGAAACUAUUAAAUUCGUAAGACUCUUGUUAUAGAUUUGAGUCACAACAUCGAGAAUCUAAACCUAGUUUUAAGAAGCACGUUAUCUUAAAACUUUGAAACAAAAUCUUAUCUUUUUCGAAACUUAUAAAUCUUUUAUAAUCCAUGUUCCAAGACAUGUAAAACUUGCAAUGGUGGUCAAACAAAUUAAUGCACAUCAUGCUAUCAAAAUAUUCCUUUAACUUCUGGAACUUGUUCUUCUUGCAAAUGGAAUAUUAAUUUAACAUUUUUAUUAAUUCCAAAAGGAUGUGUUGUUUAAUGUCCUGAUGAGUAUAGCUAUGACAAAGACAAGGUUUGUUAAAAAAAUUCAAGUAAAUAUAUCUUUAUCUUUAAGAACUAAUAACUUAUACAGCAUCAUAACUAAUUAAGAAUAAAGAAUCAUAUCAGAUUUCAGGAAAUUUAGAAUCAUCAGUCAUCUUAUUAAGAUUAACACUUAAAGUUGAAUUAUCUGGUAAAAAUUAAGUGGUUUUACAGAUUAAUGGAAAAAAAAUUGCUACAAUUAGUCAAUUUAACAUUUAAGCAAAAUUAAAAUACUAAUAUUUAUAAACAAUGAAAUAAUAAAUUAUUGAAUUUGAUGCUCCAAUUAAUUCAGGAUAAUUUAUAAUUAAAAUUGAUGGUUCUAAAAAAAUAUUUGCAUUUAAUGUUUUACCAAAGGUUAAGGUAUAAUAUUUUGUUUGUGCUUUGAAUUGUUAAUUGUGUAAAGAUAAUGAAAAUUGUGAAAUUUGUCUUCAAAACUAUUUCUUGUAUUUUGGAGAAUGUUUGACUACUUGCCCUGACCCCACUAUCGUAUCAAAUAAAUCUUGCAUAUAUCCUUUGUAAUUAAAUUAUGAUGAAAGUUUAGAAGUAAGGAUUUUAGUUAAGGAAUUUUAUGAUUUUUCAACUACUAAAGAGAGAGUAAAUGAACUAUUUACAUUACAAGAAACAAAUAAUAGCAUUUAUAAUUUUUAAAAAGGAGAACAGAUUUACUUUUCAUAUUUAGACAAAAAAAGAAUAUUUGGAGGGCCAUUUGUUUGGGUUAAUGCUAAAUUUAAAUUUGAUUUAAAACUUGAGAAUAUCAGAGAAAAUAUUGUUAUUUACUUUGAUGUAAUUUUAGGAGAUGAAAAAAUGAAUAGAACUGUCUUUCAUUAUAAAAUCAACUCACAAGAUGAGAAAACUCUUAUACUUAAUAAUAAAAAAGAUCUAAAACUAGAUUAAAAUUGGUCUGAUGACUAUUGUGUAGAUGUUAUAUCAGUUAGAGAAACAAUUGAGUACUAGGAUAAUAAUAAUCAAUUAAUCAUACUUUUUUAUUGUGAUAAUUCUUUUAAUAAUGCUAAUACUACAUUUUGUGGGAUUUAAAACCUUAUUGUGGCAAUUUAGCCUCCAAAAUCAGGUGAGAGCGGUUUAUCUGAAGAAGAAGAAUAGAUUGAUGAUCAAGAUUUGGAGAGCACAUUCGAAAUAUCAAUAUGUGGUGAUGAAAAAGUCUCUGAAGAUGAGGAAUGCGAUGAUGGUAAUCUCGUUCCUUUUGAUGGAUGUUUUAAUUGUUAAUAUUAAUGCUAAUACUUAUGCUAAUUCUGCAUUAAGGGGGAAUGUUUGUUUAUGUUUGAAGAGCAAUCAUUUAAAUAGACUGAAUCCAAUAUUUCUUAGGGAUUAGAUGAAAAAUUAUUAUAAGUUUGUCAUAUUUAUUGUGAAAUUUGCAUUUAAGGCAUUUGUUUAUAAUGCUAAACUGGUUAUUAUAUGAAUAUCAUAAGUAAUAUAUGUGAAUCAAAAUGUGGUGAUAUAAUAAUUUCAGGGCAAGAGUAAUGUGAUGAUGGUAAUUUAGACAAUUACGAUGGUUGUUCAGAUUGUUAGUUUAAUGAAUAUGAAAAUUGUCCUAAGUUAUAAACAUGUGCUGUUUGUCAUUAUGAUAAAUGUCUAAAAUGUAUAGAUGGGUAUACUUUAGAAAAUAAUAAAUGUAUAUCAAUUUGUGGAGAUGCUUUAAUUAAUAAAUUAGAGGAGCAAUGCGACAACCCAAAUGAGAAAGGUUGUGUUAAUUGCUAAAUAGAAACAGGGUAUGUUUGCUCAGGUAUAAGUUAUUCUGUUUGCAAAACAUGUGGAGAUUAUUGUACGGUUUGCUAGACUAUUAAUUAAUUCAAUCUCAUUUGCAAAGAUUGCCUUAUAGGUUACUAUCCUGUCUUAGAUAGAUGUUUAGAAUGUGAUAAAAAUUGUAUAAGCUGUAAAGGCUAGUCAAAUUUAUGCACAUCAUGUUAUAGAUCAGAUUGUGAGUUAUGUGAAUCUGUUCCAGGUUUUUACACUGAUUUUGAAAGGAAGAGAUGUUUUGCGUAAUGUGGGGAUGGAAUUUUGGUGAUUGAUGAGGAAGAAUGCGAUGAUGGAAAUAUUGAAGAUGCUGAUGGAUGUGAUUCUUAAUGCAAAAUUGAAUUUGCCUAAAAAUAGCUCAAUGAUUUAUUAGUUUGGCAUUUUAAUGGAAAUUCUUCUUAUGAAUUUUCUCUUAUGAAUUCAGAAUAUAAACUUGAGUUAAACUGUUAAGAUCCAUUAAUUGCAAUUGAUGGUAUGGAUAAAAAUGAUUUCUUCUUUAAUAUUUCAGUAAUCAAUAACAUAUGCAGAGUGGAAUUUGUAUUUUUUAAAUCAGUUUUCAAAUCUAAUACUAUACAUGUAGAGUUAAGCCUUUCAUUUCAGGAAAAUAGAUUACUAUAUUAAAAUAAUGUUAGAGUUAUAUAAUUUGACAUUUAACCAAAUGAGUAAAUAAUAUUAUCAGCAGAUGAAAAAAUGUAAGCAAACUAAAUUGCAAAUGUACAACAAUCUUUUGGUUUCUUAUUUGUAUUAAUAAUUCCUGUAUCCAUAGUAACUAAUCUUUAUGAGUAUUUGUGGGGUGUUCUGGAAAUUUUAAGCUGGGUCAACAACUUCUAUUUUUUAAAUGUUCACUAUCCAUUUAAUGUGGAAAUAUUCCUUUUAAAUUAAGAUUGGUCAGCCUUUGUGGCUCUUCCAACGUACUAAGGGUUAAAUUAACCUGAUUGUUCUUAUUACUUUGCUGCACCUUUGAAAUUUCAAAAUAAAGGAAUUGAUCCAUUGUUUUUCAAUAAUAUCUAGAUUCCAUUUAUUUUCAUUAUCACCAUUUUUUUAAUUUAUGAAUUAAAUUUCAUACUACUAUCUCUAUUAAACGCUCUAAUUUCUGUAGAAAAUAACAAAAUAUAAAUAAAUCAUAAACACUUUAGUAUUUUUUGUUUGUAAGCUAAAAGAAAGACUUAGUAAACUUAAGUUUAAUAACUGUAAUAAGAUAGAAGAAGAACUCAUAGUAUUUUAGUUUAAUAACAAUAGGCUGA